AUGUCGUCCCAAUUUUUCCUGAAAACAUCUCAAGACAUCGAGCUUUUCCAAAGCUAUCCUACCUUUGAGCAAUCCAACACAAAUUCUAAGGAUUUCCCUGUCAUUUCCUCGGUUUUAUCGCCAUGCGGUAGAUUUUUGGCUUUAUCUACGAAGGAGAACGUCAAAGUCUUCACGGGCCCGUGUUUGAACACAGUUUUGUUGACGAUGAGAUUAACCGAUGUGUAUGAUCUGCAUUUCUCACCCGCAGGUAACUAUCUGAGUACUUGGGAAAGAACAUCUGUACAGGACCCAAAUCAUAAGAAUGUCAAAGUUUGGUGUCUGAAUAAGCCAUUCAAGAGAGACUGUCCUUCGGAAGAAAUAGUGCCUGCCUACGAGUAUCAAGCCAAAUCCCAGAGUGGCUGGUUUUUACAAUUCUCGAAAUUGGACAACUAUGCAUUGAGGCUUUUUAAACACGACUUAAAAAUUGUUAAAUUGAGCUCGGAGAAUGCCGACAAUUUCGACUUCCAGUCUCCGUUCGCUGUAUUAUCUGACAGUGAAACAUCUCAACAUUUUACCACUUACUUAAUCUCUCCGGCAGAACAUCCAACAAUCUGUACUUUCACCCCAGAAAAGGGUGGUAAACCAGCUCAAUUAGCCAUCUGGGCCCUCACUGAAGGUAAGAUUACCAAGAAAAUUGCUUCCAAGACCUUUUUCAAAGCGGAUUCCUGUCAGUUGAACUGGAAUCCAUUGGGUAACGCUAUCUUGUGUCUAGCCAUUACUGAUUUUGAUUCAUCGAAUAAAUCUUAUUAUGGUGAAAACACGCUAUAUCUCCUAUCUUUCCAAGGUGUCAAUGGAACUUUGGGUGGUAACUCUGUACGCGUUUCUUUAACCACUGGUCCUGUCCAUGACUUCACAUGGUCACCAACUUCAAGGCAAUUUGGUGUCAUUGCUGGCUACAUGCCAGCUACCAUUUCCUUUUUUGAUUUAAGAGGUAACGUCGUUCAUUCUUUGGCACAGCAAGCUAAAAACACCAUGCUUUUCUCUCCUUCCGGCCAUUACAUUCUUAUUGCCGGAUUUGGUAAUCUGCAAGGUUCCGUGGAAAUUCUGGAUCGUCUCGACAAGUUCAAAUGUGUGAGUAAGUUUGAUGCUACCAACACUUCUGUGUGCAAAUGGUCGCCAGGCGGAGAAUUCAUCAUGACAGCCACCACAUCUCCAAGAUUAAGAGUGGAUAACGGUGUCAAGAUAUGGCAUGUAUCGGGCUCUUUAGUUUUUGUUAAGGAAUUCAGGGAGCUAUUGAAAGUGGACUGGAGAUCACCAUGUAAUUAUAAAACUUUGGAAAACAAAGAUGAGGCAUUGAUCGAAGACCAUAUCAUUAACAAUUGGGAGCCACUAUCUGAAUCAUCGACAGCUUCGCUAGAUCCUAAAAUAUCCAAUAAAUCGGAAUUGCAAAUUCAUUCUAGUGUCCAAGAAUACAUAAGCCAACACCCAAGCAGGGAAGCCAUUUCUAAUGGGAAUGGAUUAAAGGCCAAGGCCGGUGGCGCUUAUAAACCACCUCACGCAAGAAGAACAGGAGGUGUGCGUAUUGUUCCAGGGGUUCCUCCGGGCGCCAUGAAGAAGACCAUCCCAGGGCUAGUCCCAGGUAUGGCCGCCAACAAGGAUUCCAACUCCAAGAACAGAAGAAGAAGAGCUAAUAAGAAGGUGGGUGAAACAUCACCUGAUUCCACACCAGCAGCAUCUCCUCCUGUCGCCACAAGCGCCCCAACUCCCAAUAAGGAAACUUCCCCGGAAGAGAAAAAAAUGAGAUCCUUAUUAAAGAAAUUAAGGGCCAUUGAAGCCCUAAAGGAGAGACAAGCCGUUGGUGACAAAUUAGAAGAUACGCAAGUUCUAAAAAUUCAAACUGAAGAAAAUGUUUUGAAAGAUUUGGAGAAAUUGGGUUGGAAGGAUGAAUAA